AGGAUUUUGGCACAAUAAAGGAGGUGCAGAUAAGAAAGAAAAAAAAGUGGGAGUGAAGAAGACAAGAGAGGGGUGAAACCAAAUGGAGAGCAGUGCCAGCAUGAAGCUCACACCAACAACCACCGCAUUCCUCUCUUCUCUUCUCCCGAACCCAAAGCCUCAUUCAAUCCUCAUCCCUUCUUAUUCCGCAUUCAAACCCAAACCCCUCAAAACCCUCACCCUCACCACACCCAAUAAUACUCCCUGUAUUCCCAAAUCCUACGCCGCCGAUGUCUCCUCUUCCGCUGUUACAAACACAACCGCCGCAUCCUCUCCCCGAAACCUCAGGUCACGCCUCCAAAACGGCGACACACUCUACGGCCUCUUCCUCCUCUCCUUCUCCCCAACGCUCGCCGAGAUCGCCGGCCUCGCAGGCUACGACUUCGUUGUCGUCGACAUGGAACACGGCCACGGCGGAAUCUCCGACGCGCUCCCCUGUCUCCACGCUCUCGCAGCCACCGGCACCGCCGCAAUCCUCCGCGUUCCUGAGAGCUCCGCCACUUGGGCUAAGAAAGCCCUCGACUUAGGCCCACAGGGGAUCAUGUUUCCGAUGAUCGAUUCCGCGGAAUCCGCCAUCGACGCCGUGUCGUUCUGCCGGUUCCCUCCCGCCGGGAUCCGUGGCUCGGCUCACUCCGUCGUCCGGGCUUCCGGUUACGGCAUCGAUGAAGGUUACCUUGGUAGUUACCAAGAAGAGCUGUUGAUUAUGUGCCAGGUUGAGUCCGUUGAGGGAGUGAAGAACGUUGGUGAGAUCUCAGCGGUUGAUGGAGUUGAUUGCAUCCAAAUGGGACCGUUGGAUCUGAGCGCCAGUAUGGGGUACUUGUGGGACCCAGGGAACAGGAAAGUGAGGCAGUUGAUGAGGGAGGCUGAGGCGAAGAUUCUGAAAAGCCGCAGCGGCGGUGGCGUCGGCGUUGGGACUUACCUGUCUGGGUUCGCUAUGCCGCAUGAUGGGCCCGGGGAUCUCAAGUCACGUGGGUAUCACAUGGUGUCUGGUGCCGUUGACGUUGGGUUGUUUAGAAGCGCUGCUGUGGAAGAUGUGAAGAAAUUCAGGUUGAGUUUGAUUGAUGAAGAUCAUGAUAGUGAGGAGGAAGAGGGUAAAGAUGCUGAUGAGAAGUACUGGAGUGAGUGAGUGACUGAAUUUUGAUUAAGUGAGAGGAUUUUGGUUCUUGUUUAUCUUGUUUUCACUGUUAUGUUCCUCAGAUUUUGUAAAUUAGGUCAUGUAGUUGGAUAUGCUGAUUUUGCUGCUCAAUGAAUAUUAAAGUUUUGAUGCUGAUUUUCCUCAGAAUAUGUUGAAUAGAAUAAAUUGAGAGUAUGCAUUUCCAAAAUGAUUUGGUUUCUGGAGGUGAUAGUGACGAUGGUCUAAAUUGGGGAAACUCUGUAUCCGUAUAGUAUCUGGAAUUAGAGAGAGCAUGGCAAAAAAGCAAGUUACAUAAUCUCAACACACCAUCAGCGCUGAGGAAGUUCAAGUUACAUAGUCAUGUCAAAAAAAAGAACAAGCAAAUCCUUAACAUUCCUUGACAUAUGCUUGCUUUUGAACAUACACUUUUACAGGCUGUUCCUCCUGAAUACCGCAAUGGUAUAUUACAGAAAGUCACAAAGGACUUUUAGAAACAUCCCUCAAAAAAUAAGGAAUAUCUUG